AUGUCUCCAUUAUGGGUCAGGCGACUCUGUAUUCGUGUGGUGGACUCGCUUUAUGGGUCGUUUUUGUAUUUGCCUUUGGCUAUUUUGUUCUUGAAGCGAAGCGUCACUGGGUUUGGAACCGGUGAAUGGGAUGAAUCCCAGAUACCGAAGCUCGAUGGCAAGGUAGCCGUCGUGACUGGGGGCAACGCCGGUAUAGGGUACUACACAGUCAAACACUUGGCUUCAAGGGGCGCCAAGGUGUAUCUGGGGGCUCGAUCAGAAAGUCGUGCAAAGGCUGCCAUCAAGCGCCUUUUGGAGGAGAAUCCCUUGAUACCCCAAGAGAACGUCGUCUGGCUACGUUUGGACUUGGCGAACCAAUCCCAAGUGGUUGACGCAGCAGUUGAGCUUCAAUCGAAAGAACAGCGAUUGGAUAUCCUGGUGAACAAUGCGGGAAUUGAUCCAUACGAUUAUAUCAGGACCGCCGACGGAUUUGAAAUGACAAUGGCCGUGAAGUAUACCAACCCAGCUGCAGCUGCACAAGAAGAAUCUGAUGUCCGCGUUAUCACUGUGUCAUCCUCCGGAGAAGCUUACUCAUCUCCCACGAACCAAUUUACCAGCCCAAAGGAUCUAGAUGAUCCAUGUGCUAGUCCUGGAUGGGAAAAUUCAUGCUUGGGCCAGGCAAUGAGGUAUGGAACAACCAAAUUGGCGAAUGUACUCUUUGCAUCAGAGCUGCAGCGCCGCAUGGAUGAAGAAGAUGCCAACAUCAUCUCUCUUUCUCUCAACCCUGGCACCGUAAGGACUGAUGGAGCGGCGAACGUGAUGCCUUUCAUGGUGCGUCCAUUGGUUCGUUUCCUCUUUACUGCGCCAGAGAGGGGAGCGGACACUAGUCUCUUUGCUGCAACAGCCGAGGAAAUUAAAGAGAAUAGUGAGCGGUGGAAAGGUCGCUAUCUAGAUGGUCCAGGAAGGAUCAAGGUGCCUUCGCUGAGAGCCCGGGAUGCUGUUGCUGGCCGUAAUCUAUGGAACAUAACCGAAGCUGCGGUGAGGGGUACUGGCGCACUAGACAGGUUGUAG